GACUUCACUUACAAUUGAAUUUCAGUGCGUUCGCGAACAGCCUGACAAAACGUUGUGCCACGAGCGGAAGCGGAAGGCAGGAAAAAAACAACUGAAACUCAAAGCACAGUGAAGUGAAGCAAGAGGAGGGAAAAAGCAGCAAAGAAAACAGUGAAAAUUCAAAAAUGUUAGCAUACUUAUACGAGUUUUGACUGCUCAAAACGUUAGUUAAUCAAUCGCAAAACGAAUAACAAUCAAAUCAAUGCACAAAAUGUAACAAUCUAACCGAAAUGUGACCCAAUUUCGAACGUGAUUCCAAAGUAUUUGACUAGCAAAGAGAAAUCUGACAUAAAUGCAUUUGCAAUCAUGCGAAUAUUUUGCGACAUGCAAUAACAAUAAACUUGUACAAUUUUCCUGACUGUUGUGCGUUGUACGCGAAUUGCGCAGCUAGUGCAUUUUUUGUCGCACUUAAGUGCAUAGUACAACAAUUACAGUGGAACAUAAAUAUGUAAGAUUUGUGUGUGCGAGUGUGUGCGUGCAAUACUUCAGCCCCCAAAAGUUUCCCUUGGCUGGCUGACUCUGGCUGCUCUUUUAACCAGCACAGCUGAUUGUCAACGGCGCUCCAAGCGAGAGCAGCGCAGCUUUCACCAAACAUGUUGGCUUGUUUGGUUUGAGCCACAGAGAGCGAGCACCACCACCAGCACCACCAGCACCAGCACCACCCCCAAACGGGAGCCAUUGAGUUCUGCCUGCUGUGGCUAACGUAACGAGUUUCGAGACACGCACACGCCACACGACAAAGUACACGUAAUAUAGCCAUAAUCAAAGGUGGACGUUGCCGUUGCCGUUGCCGUAGCCCAGGUCAACAGCUCGGAGUGGCACGCACACACGUGUGUGCGUGUGUGUCUGUGCAAUCUUAGGUAAACAAAAAAUAUGAAGCUCUCGGACACAAUGGCGACACCGAUUGAGGAAAAACUCGAUCAAAAUUUGAAGGUAUGCCAAAAAGAAAACUUUAGAAUACUUAUGCAGAUGCUCAUUAAUCAUAAAAAACUAAAACACAAAAAAUGCAUGCAACAGGUGCGUUCGGGCAUGGUUCAUGUCAGCGAUGGCAAAAGUAGACCCGAACCACUCAGACUAAGUCUAACAAUGGAAUUGUUGACCUUGCAAAAGUUGGAAAUUGUUACGCCAACAAGCUCACAGCACAAUGGACCCCCAAUGGAAUCCAAGGAGCGCAUGGUGCAAAUAACGAGGCAGAAACAGGGCGGCCUAGGACUGAGCAUAAAGGGCGGCGCCGAACAUAAGUUGCCCAUAUUAAUAUCGCGCAUCUACAAGGAUCAGGCGGCCGACAUAACCGGCCAGCUGUUUGUCGGCGAUGCCAUCAUAAAGGUGAACGGCGAAUAUAUAACUGCAUGCCCGCACGAUGAUGCGGUCAACAUACUGCGCAAUGCCGGCGACAUUGUGGUCCUCACAGUGAAGCACUACCGCGCCGCCACACCGUUCCUGCAGAAGCAAUUAACAAAAGAUACACCCGAUUCCGACAACGAUGCCACAUGCGCCGAGCUAAAAGCAGACGAGGGCUACAAGUCCUCGGUGAACAGCGGCACCAUAAGCCGCAGCUGCAGCCGACCCAUGUCAAUUUGCUCGGAGCCCGAGAAGCGCUGGACCGACGUGGUGGCAGUACCGCUAAUGAUGGCCUAUGUGACGCGCUACAUCUACGGCACGGACAAGCUGCGUCCCAAUGCCUUCGAGGUGCGCGGCCUGAACGGCGUCACCACCGGGGUCAUACACUGUGAUGAGCUGGCGAUACUCAGUCAGUGGCUAAAGCUGAUAACCGACAACGUGGUGGGUCUGACCCAUCUGCAGAUGAAACUCUAUAAUCGAAACUUUGCCGUUGGCGAGCGAAUCGAGUACAUGGGCUGGGUGAACGAGGGUGUUAUCAAUAACAACAUAUCGUGGCAGAGCUAUAAGCCCAGAUUUCUAGUGCUCAAAGGAACAGAAGUGAUGCUGUUCGAAACGCCUCCGCUGAAUGUGGCAGGCAUAAGCAAAGCUUUGGUCGUCUAUAAGGUUUACCAGACCAUGUUUCGCAUUGUUAAGGAAUCCGAGACCGUGGACAGUCGACAGCAUUGCUUCCUGCUGCAAAGUUCUGGACACGAGCCACGUUAUUUGAGUGUGGAGACCCGCCAGGAGCUGCUGCGCAUCGAGAACAGUUGGAAUGCGGCCAUAGUGACCAGUGUUAUAAAAUUGGGGCGCAAGACCUUUGCCGUUUCACAUCACGGCAAAAGUGGCGGACUGACACUUGACUGGCAGGCGGGCUUCUCUUUGACAGAGGGCGCCGAUUCCACCAUGGUCUGGCAGUAUAAAUUCUCUCAGUUGCGCGGCUCCAGCGACGAUGGCAAAUCAAAGUUGAAGCUACAUUUUCAGGACAACGAGACGCGGGCCAUCGAAACAAAGGAACUAGAGUGCCAGGUACUGCAGAGCUUGCUAUUUUGCAUGCAUGCGUUCCUCACCGCCAAGGUUGCUUCCGUGGAUCCGGCAUUCUUGAGUUCCAUACAGCAGACCUAAGCUUGGCUACAUCAUAUUGAUAUAUGCAGAAUCAAAACAUUUAUAAGCUAAGCGCAACUACAAGUUGUAUUUCAAAAAUACACAUCAAUUAUAUAAGUACAUAAGCUAAUAAACGAAUAUACAGGCUAUAAUUAUGCAGUGUGUAAGUAAGCAGGAAAUAGAUGCAAAUGUUUUGUAUGUUUUAUGGAAUUAGUUAAAAUUGACUAGCCUAAAUAUUCAGUUAGAUUUGAUAUACCGAAUAUACUAUAAUAUUUAAUGUAAACAUUUGCAUACACACACACACACUCACACACACACACGCAUACAUGCAUAUAAAUCAUAAUAAUUAUAAAACAAAUAGUAGGAGGAAAGUGAAUGAUAAAAUUAAUGUGAAAUCUCUUGGUGCAACACAUGUAAAUUUAAGCGUGCUCUAGGCUUCUUUCCUAUAAUCAGUUAAAGUUGUCAAUAUGUUUAUAUACAUAUAUAUAUAUAUAAACUGAACAAUUAGAAAUUACACUUAGAUACGUAUUUGAUUUAUCUAUCUUAGGCUCUAUGCAAGUACUCUAAUCACGAAACGAAAGCGACUUUGUCAUCUGAAAACGAGAGAUCGAAAUCGAAUUGAGUCAAGCUCAUUAUUUUGUCAACUAAAACAUUUUAAAUGAAUGGAAACGAUGUGCAUUAUAGUGAAAAUAUAAUUUUCAAUUUUAAUGAAAAUGCUAUUGUUACAACUAGUUAUUGAUUAAUAAUAAUGUUGCGCUUUUUAUAUAUUAUAUCAUUUAACCUUUUAUUUUAUAAGCAUGCAUCUCAUCUGGGCGCAUGGACAAAAGUUCAAAUUUGAUUUUAAUCUAGAUGCAUAAUGAAAAGUCAAUAUUCUUCUUGAAAUACACACACACACUCACACACACAGCCACCGAAAUUCGCAUUCAUAUUUAAACUAGAUUUUAAAUCAAGCCUCAAUUUAAGUAAUUCCUUUGUAAAUAUAUACUAUAUAUACACACAUAUAUAUAUAUAUAUAGAUAUAUGCGAGUAAUUAUGGCUCAUAAACAUGUCGUGCGUCAAUUCAAAUGUGUCUUUCAAUUGAGCGAAAACACAUCCAUCAAGUAAACAAAUCAAUGCAACAAACAUACAACUGGAGAAACAUAACAAUAUUUGUUGCUCAUAUUCAUUAAGCAUUUCCAGUGGAACAAAUGGUUGAUUUAUUGUACACAAAUCAGUUUUACUCAAACUUAGACAGUCGAAACAGCUUAAUAAUAUUAAAUAUAUAUGCGCUCAUAUAUAUAACAUAUAUAUUCGCAUGCCAGAAACUGUAAACGCAACUCAUCAACGCAAUCAUAUCAAUAAUAUCAAUUAUCAAUUAUCAAGCCCACGUACUCACUUGUAGAUGUGCACACAUACAUAGAUACAGGUGCACACAAGACAAAGCUAAAUGUGACAGGAUAUUGCAAGUUUCCACAGAAACAACUCCAUAUAUAUAUACACUGAACCAUAAUUCAUCAGAAUACUUCGGCUUGCUGAAGAGCAUCAUACCAGUGCAUCCUAUCUGUGUCCUUUGAGUCGAGAGCGCUCGUUACGGGUAUACCCAAUAUACCCUGUAUUUAUAGAUUAAAAAGGGCUUAAGAAUGUGUUCCGUUCCGAUUGCAUGAAACUCAUAUUUUUAUGGCUCAACAAACGAGUCGAUUUUUCUAAAUUCAUUUGAAAUUCGAGCUAUUGAAACCAGCAUUGGAAAUGAAUCAAAUAUAAAUAAAACCCUUGGGUAUUAUAUAGUCAAACACUUGCUUACAUUUUUGAUAAUUAUGAUUCGUCCGAUUAUUAGUUAAACUUCCAUACUUGUGCAAUGGUAGGCAAUAGUUGCAUACAUAUAAAUAUCCCAUAUAUAUUCAUAUAUUAUACACACAUUCAGCCAUGCAAAAAUACAAAAAAAGAAAAGUUAUUUACGUAGACUGCAAAUUUACAACCAGAAAAUCCCUGCAGAAGAAAAAUAUGAAAAAGGGGCACCACAUAGCAAAAAAUGUAUAAGCGCUAACUGAAUGGUCGAAUAUUAGAACAGACUUCAUACAUAUUUACAAGAUAAUUGAAGUAAUUAAACUACUGUAUACCAAGUUACAAAACAAUAUAUAUUAUAUAUAUAUACAUAUGUAAAAGUACUAAUAUAUAUAACAAAUUGAGCACGUUCAGGCAUUUUUCGGGUGUUUAGCAAUUCAUUCAUUCAAUUCGCAGUUUCGAUGCCUGAACCAAGGCUUAGAGGCUGAACAAGCUUUUGAAAUGUUUCUUCGUUGAGAACUCCAAACUCCAAAAUUUCCCCCCUUUAAGGCACCUAAACAGACCAAAAUACGUAAAAUGCACCACAAAUAAUCAAUAAUAUAAAAAGCACAACAGAAAUAAUUGUCCUGUCGCAAACUAUUUUUUAAACAGCAUACGUAAACAAGCAAGAAAAUAGUUAACUUCGGUUUGCCGAAGAUUAAAUACCCUUGCUGAAGGAAGAUAUUAUUUAAUGCAAUGCAUUUUCUUCUAACCUAGUCUUUGAAUUUUCAUGGUAACUAUAGAGUAUAGUUAUCCGAUCCGAAACUGUCAGAAGGACUUAUUAAAGUAUAUAUAUUUACUGAAUUAGCAGAAAUAUGUCAUUCUCUGCAAGGGUAUUUGAACAACCGCAACGAAUACCAAAAAAUAAUCUGUGCAUACCAAAUAAGGCGCUCAGAUCCCGACAUACGUAUCACACAUAAGUAUUACUGCAUAUUUUAUUGAGCUAAAACCUUUAUAGGGAAUAUCUGUGUACGUUUGCUUGGCCGUGCAGAUAAAUAUUGUUAUUUUUAAAUAUAUAUAUAUAUAUAUAGAACGCACAAAACAAGACAAAAGAACGCUGCUUACAAAUUCAGAUACAUUUACAUUCAUCCGCAUGCGUUCAGCUUUAAAUGUAAACAUUUGACUUUCAUCUAUAAAUCUUUUAGUUACACAAAAGUCACCAAUUAUUAGUACGUAUAAUUGAUUUGCAAUUUUUAUAUAUUCCAA